GUGAUGUUGCCGCCAUAGGUGGAGGUUGCAUGGGAGCAUGCUGGGAUUAAAACUGUGAUCAUCGACGGCUCCUUGGCUGCACCUGGUGUCAGAGUGACGCACAGAAAAGUGAAGGCGCACGGCGAGCGGAGUCACGUUGGACUGGAGCCAGUGGCAGCGGAGGGAUCACCAAGUUGAGAUGCUGUAGGAGAUUGAGGCUGUCUGAGAAGGAUGCUAUUGUCUUGCAGUUGUUAUCGUGCUCCAAGUUUGGACAGAAAAUAAGGAAAAGAAGCGCGUUCGAUCAUGUGGGAUGUAUUUUGUGUUUGUGUUAUAAGAGAAAGGGUCAAAUGAGGAGAAUUUCGCCGUGAAAGGAGAGGAACAAAGCGUGCGCCAGGUUUAAUUAAAAUCUGGGUAAACAGAUAUGACUGCAAAUUUUGUCUCAUGUCUGCUGAUGAGUAACGAUAUCGCCGGUAGAAACACAAACCUCGGGUGAAUUCUGGAGAGUGAUUUAUUAAUCUAAGGGGGAACAGACGGGAUCCAAACCAGGCGGCGCAUCAAUCGCUCCGGCUGCGCGUAAUGGGAGAAAAGUUUCGGACCUUGCUCAGGAGAAGACGCGCUCUCAGCAUCCCGCCGAUAACGCAUUUAUAAAUAACAUGUGAAUUUCCCCCUCCCGUUCACGAGUGAAGAAGUUUGAAAGUGAAAUUUUUUAAAACGUCCAGUAUGACUUGAAACACCCGUGGGGUUAUCGGAACUCAUCAAGCCAGUUAACGAUCCAUGAACCCCCGACCCGAUUUGUCUACAGACGCGCAGACGGACAUUAACGAUCUAGAGAGGAUUCCUGCAGCAGCAGCAGCAGCAACGCGGCGAAAAUCUGAUCCCAGUUAGAAAAAGAGACCUCCCCUGGAUGUCUAUGAUGUUGUGCCAGCUCGGACAGAGGUGUGUGAUGGAGGUGGUGGUGCUCAGCAUCCUGUCGUGGGUGUCCGCGUGGGCAGAGGAGAAGAUCGUAUUUGACAGACACGCUGUUUACUGGAACAGUUCCAAUCCCAAGUUCUGGCAUGGAGAGUACAGAGUGGCAGUGAACAUCAAUGACUAUCUAGACAUCUACUGUCCUUUCUACGAGGGCCCUCCGUCUCAUGGGCGCAUGGAGCGCUACAUCCUGUUCAUGGUCAACCAUGAGGGCUAUACUACCUGCCAGCACAGGAUGCGUGGCUUUAAACGCUGGGAGUGCAACCGUCCCAGCGGUCCUGACGGGCCCUUGCGCUUCUCAGAGAAGUUCCAGCUCUUCACUCCCUUCUCCCUGGGCUUCGAGUUCAGACCUGGACACGAGUACUACUACAUCUCGUCUCCUCACCCAAAUCAUGUGGGGCGGGCAUGUCUAAAGCUGAAGGUGUAUGUCAGACCUCCAGAUGGUUCGGGAUAUGAUUCUCCAGAGCCCUUCCUUACUGAUGGAGGUCCAAGCUCCAAGGCAGGGUGCACGGCCUUAUUAGCAGCCCUGGCCCCGCUGUUGCUGGGAUUCUUCUUCUGGCUGUGACCCCUCUCCCCAUCGUCCUGAUGCUCCCAUCCCGGGAUAAUGGGCUGGGCUGGCUGUCCCUCUAAAUCCACCACCCCUCAGGGAAGCCCGUAACUCCGCCCCACCCCCUCUCUUUCCCACCUCCUCCUCAAUAUGACCACCAACCACCCCCACUGCCAGCCCCUUUCAUGGCCCAGUCACGGACACCAAUCCCAGACAUGGCUGCAAAGUUGGGUUUUGAGUUGUCUGGGACGCUGCCCUCCAUCUCCGAUCCUUAAACUCUGGUUGGAACAACACCUCUCAGAUGAAAAACACAAGAGAUAUGUCUCUGCACUCACAUCAGGGGGUCUUUUCGAUUUGACUAUUGACUUUUGGCCACUGAUGGGGUAGCUGUAGGUAUGUGUGGCUAUGAUUAAACUCUUCGUUCCAGUGCAAUUCCUACUAUCCAAUCAUGGCAGGAUGCAUUAAGCGAUAGGCCUGGAUGCACAAAAAUUGGAUUUUGCUCACAUUGUUAUCCCAUCCUCUAACCAUGAAUUGGAAGUGGCCAAGCUUGCAUUGUAAUUGGAAUUCUAUGCCAUCUGGACCAUUUCCAACUGCAACCAGAAUAAAAGCAAAAGCACUGAGAAGUGGAAAAAAGUGACCCAGUCUGUGCAGCAAAGUGAGGGGAAAACAACAAGAGCACAAAUUUAAAUAAAUGUGGACAUAUGGGAAAUGUAAUAUUAUAUUUGUUGAUAUUUGCAGACCCAGUGUCGAGUCACAGCAAUCUGAUAUAAAAAUCAAACAGUUUGAUUAUUUUAUUAGAAACUCUUAGAUAUCGCAUUGUGAUGAUGAGUAUAACCAUAGCCUGUUUCAAUGAGAGGGUGUUGGGGUGUUCUGGGUGGGCUUGGAGAGAUGUAGAUUUUUCAGGAGGGUUGUGUUUUGUCUUAUUUGUGUUUCUAAACAAAGCAUUUAUCACGGCCUGGCCAGUACAGGCAUCUCCAGCACUGUCUAAUGUCGACUGGGUCGGGUGACUUUUGGAACCAUGACUUUCUCUUGUAUGAAUGUACCACUGGUCACCCACCUCUUUGUCUUUCUGUAUUAUCAUGACUGUGGUCACUUAAAGAACCUUCUCUUGGACUGGCAGGAUUAAUGGGUCUGGGAUUUUGAGGGGAGGCGGGGUGGAGUGGGUGGGGUGGGUUUAAUUGAAGAUGAACAGAGGACAGGUGAGAAAAGGAGGCGACACUCAAGUUGCAUGACCACUGUGAAACCUUCAGAUCAAUCUUGUUUCUAAUGAUGAUAUAUUUUUUCAUGCGAGAAAAAAAAAUCUGAAACACCCUGCAGCCGCUCUCUUGCUCUCCCUGAGACUUUUUUCAGACAUCAAAAGAAAAUACAACCUCUCUCCUCACAGUUUCUCCCAUCUGGCUUUCAGUUGUUGAUGGAUUAGCUUGGGCCAGGAAGAUAAAUGGAGCCGCAGGGUGAAACUGACUGGAAAUCAGCCCUCGGAGCCCAAGUCAGAUCACAAUGGACAUAAACAAUGACUGAAGCUGGUCCUGGGUGUGGGGGGUUAAACCAAUAAGGGAAGCGCAUAGACUGUGGCAAAUGAGGUGAGGUGUGUGCGUGUGUGUGGUAGCAUCACGAAAACACACAUUGGUGCAUGCACGCAGACAUAUACACAUACAAACAAAAUGGUGGAAGCAUUCAUGGACAUGAAUCUAAAGGGAGCAGCACAAAGAGAAUGACCAGAGGAGGGAGGAAGAGGGAGAGAAAGAGUGUGUAUCAAGGGACUGAGACUUCUUUCAUGUUGGGAAAGGAACAUUAUGAGUAAGCACUGUGAACACACACAAACAUACACACUACGAUCCAUGUACAGACAUCCACACUUACCGAUGUAUGUAGAAAAAACAAUGCAGCUCUAAACAUAAACAGACAUGGCAUGGACGUUACACACAUGUACAAAGAAACACACACACACAUAUAAGAAAACACAAACAAGGGGAAGAGCGUCUUUCUCUGUUUCAUCUUAUUUUUGUAGCAUUUAAAACCACUGUUAAUUACUCCUUUAUGGGAUGCAGUGAUGGGUUAUAGCCUGUGGAGGAUUUAAAAAAUGUGUCUUCUCUUCUUCUGUUCCACUGAUGCUGUCCUAUCGUUCUUCUUCUACUUCUUCUACUUCUUCUUCUACUCUGCUUUGUGAUCCAUGGUUGGUAGUGGUAGGAGGCCUCCAGGUCUGAGCGUCAUGUAUGAGUUUGUCUCCUUUUCUGUUCGUGGUGUUUUUGUGGAAGCUGACCUCAGCCAUGAAAGUCAAAACGUAAACACAGAAAUCAGAGCAAGGAGAGAAACACACAAAUAAAGAUUGUCUUUUUGUCUACUCGAAAACAAAUUGAUUGAGUGGAAUGUUUUUUUGUUUGUUGUUUUUUUUUUUAUUUUGUGGAAAUAUGAAUUAAUUCAAAUUUUAUUGUUAUUGUUUUAUGGUUUUCUUUUUCACCAAAGGGCAGAUUAUUGUAUUUAUGUAUUACACUGCACCUGGGUCCAUAAUUGCCUAGUCUAUCUUCCUCUGACGUCGAAGUCUUGGAACGAUGAUCAUUGAGCUCUGCCAGUCAAAGCAUGAAAUUAUUCAGAUGAAAUCACCCUCUCCAAUCUUCAGCUGUUUCUCCCUCAGCGAUGUGACAGCUAAUCUGAACUGCUGACAACAUGGGGACCAGAUAUCUUGAUAGCCUUUCCUCUUUUGUUUCCAUCAGAUUUCCUGGAUGAUGUCUGGCCGGUGAUGGAAACAUACACAGAGCAUUUUUUUUUUAAAAUACUGUACUUGAGCUCAGUUCUGGAGUAUUUGUGUCCUUAAGUAUUUCUAUGGUCAGUUACUUUACAUGGAAUUACAUUUAAGUGGGAUAUAUUGCAUUUUUUUUAUUCCACACCAUUUAUUUUUCAGCUUUAGUUAGAAGCCAUUUUUAAAAUGUUAUAAAA